UUUAUUUUGUCGAACGUUAUCUGAAUCACAAUAAACAAAGUAUAAAAGGCUUUAACUUUUUGAUGUUAGACACACUUCACAUCCUCUUUUCAAUAAGGAAGGUCCACUUCUAAAAACAAGCAAGAUGUUUUCCUUGAAAUCUAUCGUACUCAUUGCUGCAGUAUUCGUGGGGGUUGAAUGCAGUGCUGUUGUUCCAGCAGUUCCAGCCGCUCCUUUAAUAGCAGCACCAGCUCACGUGGGAUAUGCUCAUGCUGUACCCCAAAACAUACCUCCAUAUGCAUCCCAAAUCAGUGUGGUCAAUAAGGCAGUAAGCCCAAUAGUUGCUACUCCAUUUGCGUCGCCCUUCGCCACGAGAUUUGCGCCAACAGCUGCUGUUGCGGCUCCACUCGCAGCUCCAUACGCCGCUGCUCCAUAUGGUUAUCCUACUGCUUACGCUGGUCCUGCUGCGUACGCUGCCCCUGCUGCGUACGCUGCCCCUGCUGCGUACGCUGCCCCUGCAGCGUAUGCUGGUCCUGCUGCGUACGCUGCCCCUGUCGCGUAUGCUAGUCCUGCUGCAUACGCUGCUCCUUACCCAUACGGUGCAGCUCCAGCGCCCCUAUUACGCGCCCCUUACGGAUAUGCACCAGCGUUUGUUCGAUAGAUUUAGAGUAAAACUACUAGACCUUCCUUUCGAAAA